AUGAUCAUCUACAGGGAUAUCAUCUCUGGAGACAAGAUGUUCUCAGACAUCUACAAAAUCAGAGAAAGCAGAUUUGGACUUUGCUAUGAAGUUGAAGGCAAGAUGGCCUCUACAAUAGAAGGUUCAAUUGAUGAUGCUUUGAUUGGUGGAAAUGCAUCUGCUGAAUGCCCAGAUGAAGGGUCAGAUUUAACAACCGUCACAGGAAUUGAUAUAGUAUUAAACCACAAGCUUCAGGAAACCAGCUUCACAAAGUAA